AUUUGAACCUGACAGGCUUUUGUUUUUGUUUUCCUUUAUUCUUUAUUCUCUUUGUUUCCCUAUUUUUUUGUCCUACACCCUUUACACGCGCACAAACCAAUUCUUUUUUUUUUAUCCUCUCAUUUUUAUUGAGACAGUGUCAUCCAUCCAUCAUCUCUUCUUUCAUCUUUUUACCUGAUCAACCCCGUUACUCCAGAGACAUUGGCUCUGAUGAAUUAUUCACAACCAUCUACCCCUACCAUGCGCCCUGCGCAACCUAAUCCUAAUCCUUCUCCCCGCCCUGCCUUCAGACCUCCCCAUCCACAACAACAACAACAGCAUCCCAUCUCAAGACCAGGCACUCCCGGUGGUCCUCCCGGAACACCGGGUGGAUAUAGACCCCCAAUGAACGGCCCUGGUCAACGUCCACCUAAUAGUCCCAUGGUCUCUCCCCGUCCUCCCUUCAACGGUGCUAUGCAAAGACCUCAAUCGCCAACCCAGCGUCCUCCAAUGUCCAAUAUGCCCAAUGGUCCUCCAGGUGGAAUACAUUCACCUGGUGCACCGCUCCAACGUCCCCCACCUAUCGGAGGCAUGCAUGGAUCUUCGCCCAUGAUGCGUCCCUCAACCCUGUCUCAACCCGGAUCGCCAGGCAUGCCUCGACCAUACCAAUCACCUCAGAUUCAAGCAAGACCUCCUCCGCCAGGCCAAUUCAUGGGCCAGAAUCAACAGAUCGCUCCAGGUUCUCCUGCAAUGAAUCCGGUAGGAUACAAUGGCCCACCUAAUCUAGCCAUGCAAGGAUAUGCCCAAAACAGGAGUCAGCCCCCAACACCAAAAAUGCCACAUCAGCAACAGUAUCAACAACCACAGCAGCAGCAACCGCCCAUGAAUCCUCCUCAACAACCUCACCAGAACCAGCAACCGCCACAGUUUCAGGACCCUGGUGUCCCCACUUUUAGUCCCAUGAAUGGUGCUUCAACGCCUACUUCACAUGCAGGCACAGGCGCCCACAAGCCAAAGCGUAUGUAUCCUCAGGGCAUCAACUCUUAUCAGGAUCCUGUCGCUAACACCGGAUUCCAGCCUGCUACUGUACCGGGCGUUCCUCCACCAACGGGACUCAAUCAAUUCCAACCUGUAGAUCAAGGGUCACAACCCUUUGUGCCUGGUGUGGAUCAGGGAUCUAACUUUGGUCAGCCCGUUGCUGCAUAUCAACAAGGACUCCAGCCUUUGGCGGGUCAGCCUCUUCAGCCUAAUAUGAACCAGCUGGCUAAUCAAAUGGGUGCCAUGAAUGUUGGCCAAGGAUAUGGAUACAAUUCUGCAAGCGGUCCUUCUCUUUCGACAGUUGCGCUUAUGGGAGUUGCACCUAGAGUUACGGAUCUGGAUACCUCACCUCCUGCUAUUAUUCUUCCUCCUAAUUCAUCAAUCACAGAGUCUCCCCACGCCAAUUCUGACCCCUCGUACAAGAGAUGUACACUCAACGCCAUUCCCAACAGCGCUCAGCUUUUGCAAAAGUCCAGACUUCCCUUGGGUCUCGUCAUCACUCCCUAUCGCAGCAUUAAGGAAGGCGAUGAGCCCGUACCUGUGGUCACAGACUCGAUCAUUGCACGUUGCAGACGAUGCAGGACAUAUAUCAACCCUUUUGUCAAGUUUGUUGAAGGCGGUCAACGAUGGAAAUGCAACAUGUGUUACACACUCAACGAAGUGCCUUCGUCCUUUGAUUACGACUCACAAACUCAGCAACCCGUGGAUCGUUGGCAACGCAAGGAACUGAACCAUGCAGUCGUCGAGUACAUUGCUCCGACAGAGUACAUGGUUCGCCCUCCUCAGCCUCUAGUUUACUUGUUUGUCAUCGAUGUAUCCUAUCCUGCCAUCCAUAGCGGCAUGGUAGCAACAGCUGCGACUACUAUUUUAGAGUCUCUGGACAGGAUUCCAGACGACGAAGGUCGCACCAAGAUCGGAGUCAUCACAGUGGACAGCACUAUCCAUUUCUAUAACCUCAAUUCUGCGUCAGGAGAGCCUCAGAUGCUGGUUGUUUCAGACUUGGAAGAUCCAUUUUUGCCUCAGCCUCAGGAUCUGCUUUGCAACCUCAAGGAGUGCCGCGCUACUCUUGAAGCUUUGUUGACUAGGAUGAACGACAUGUUCAAAGAUACACAGAACGUGGGCAAUGCUUUAGGACCAGCACUCCAAACAGCUCACAAGUUGGUAUCACCCAUUGGAGGCAAGAUCCUGUGCUUGCAGGCCAGUCUGCCGAACUUGGGAGCUGGCGAACUCAAAAAGCGGGAAGAUCAGAAACUGUUGGGCACCUCUAAGGAAUCGACCCUACUACAGGCAGCGUCAUCUUUCUACAAGACAAUGGCAAUCGACUGCUCAAAGUCUCAAGUGUGCGUAGACAUGUUCCUCUUUGGAUCCCAAUAUUCUGAUGUUGCAACACUGAGCUGCCUCCCACGAUACACCGGUGGAAGCACGUUUUUCUACCCUGCGUUCACCGCUGCAAAAUCAGAGGAUGCACUCAAGUUUGCACACGAGCUGGCCGAGUUCUUGUCCCAGAGGAUUGCAUUGGAGGCAGUGAUGCGUGUGCGUGCGUCAAAGGGAUUGCGGAUGUCGGCAUUCUAUGGAAACUUCUUUGUGCGUUCGACCGACUUGCUCUCGUUGCCCAAUGUCCCACGCGACCAGUCGUAUUCAAUCGAAUUGAGCUAUGAAGACAAUCUGAAUAUCCAAACUGUUUGUUUCCAGACUGCACUCUUGCACACGUCCUCCUAUGGCGAGCGUCGUAUCCGUGUCUUGACAUUGGCCCUGCCAGUGACGAGCAAUCUUUCGGAUUUGUUUGUCUCUGCAGAUCAGGUUGCAAUCUCGACAUUGCUUGCGUGCAAGGCCGUUGAACGUGGCAUGAGCUCAAAAUUGGAAGAUGCUCGUGAAGCAUUGAUUAACAAGUGUGUGGAUAUCCUGGGUGUCUACAAGACACAUAUGACGGCUUCAUCGACUGGUGCAACCCCCAACUUGCAAAUCUGUGACAACCUCAAGCUUUUGCCGCUCUUGACUCUUGGAAUGUUGAAGCAUGUGGCACUUCGUGGUGGUUCUCAGAUCCCAACAGAUCUUCGGUCAUUUGCUAUGCAUCUAUUCUCAACAUUGCCUUCACAAUGUCUAGUUCCAUAUGUUCAUCCCAGAUUCUAUUCCUUGCAUAACAUGCCAGAGAAUUGUGGCACGAUCGGUGAACAUGGGAUUGUUAUGCCCCAGCCUCUUAAUCUGAGCAGCGAGCGACUGGAACGUGGUGGUUUGUUCAUGUUGGAGGACUCACAGAACAUCUUUUUGUGGAUUAGUCGAGAAGCUGUUCCUCAGCUUUGUAUGGAUCUCUUUGGUGUUCCUAAUUAUGAAAGCAUUCGUGGAGGAAAGAUGACCCUUCCUUCACUCGAGUCAGAUUUCAAUCAACGUGUUAACUUGAUUGUAGGAAAGACUAGAGAGAUGCGUAGAUCAGCGUACUAUCCACAGUUGUACGUGAUCAAGGAUGAUGGCGAUCCAGCCUUACGUCUCUGGUUCAUGAGCCAUCUGAUUGAAGACCGUGCAGACCCUGCUAUGAGCUAUCACCAGUUCUUGGGUCACCUCAAGGACAAGGUCAAUGCCGGUUCAUUCUAAACGAUAUCUUCUUUUUUGUUUUUUCUUUUCCUUCUCUCCUUUCUUUUUUUUUUUCUUUUUCUUUUUCAUAACUAGUCCUCAGCAAAUAACAAUAUAAUUCUCUUUUUUAUAUACUUUUUUACUUUGUCGAAUACCGAGAAGAAAUCUGGACUGGGUAUCCGACCCUGAUAUCCGACCAACUUGUUUUUUGUUUUUGUUUUUGUUUUUGUUUUUUGUUUUUAUUUUUAUUUUUUUUCUCGUAAUAGAAGUUAUAGACGGUCUAACAGAGAGGUAUUAAAAAUAUAAAAUAAAAAUGGAAAUAAAAAUGAAAAUAAAUCAAAGACGG